AUGAGCUUUCUGUGGAGAUGCGGAGCAAUGCUGAUGAUUGCAAAUGCUGUCAUGAGUAGCACCGGUGCACACAAGAGAUUUCUUGGGUGGGAAAAGCGCCAGUCAGCAGAGUGUUCUGAGAUCGAAGAUAUAAUUGGUAGUAUUAGGAAGUCUUCACAGAAGCUGAUGAAAUAUAUUGAGUAUGUGAGGAAUGUAGGAGCUGAAAAUGUUGGAAGAUAUCUUGAAGAGAUCAAGUCGUAUGAUGGAGAUGUCAAGUCGUAUGAGGCAAAGGUGAUGGAUAAUGAGGUGAAGGUGAUAACAGUGCAUGAUAGUAGGCAAAAACUGCACAGCUACUAUGAAAAUAGCUUAUAUUUAUGCAUAAUGAUGGACAUCGGAGACCUUAACUUGGGAUAUUCGCUACCUUAUACAAGCAUGAGGAGCCAUGCUAUGGCACUAAUCCGUCAUAUUUACAAUGGUAAGAAGGACAGGCUCAGAAAGGUUCCUUAUGUAUUAUUUGAGAAUGACUCAUGCUCGCUUAGCAGUGGAUAUGGUGUGCUGAGGUUUGACGACCAUGUGCAUAAUAAGGACAGAUUGUUUGAAACGAUGAGUGUCUUGCUGUCUAGCUUUGCCGAUAGCAUUGAAGAGCUGGACAUGGAGAAUCCAGAAAUGCAAAGCCUGAGCAGUGUUUUGAAAAGAUGGAAUGAAGAAUAUACACGGGAGAGUAGAAGAAAUGAGCAUACGUCUACAGCCGAAGAGAUUAGUUUUGUGUGGAAGAAGCUGGUGUCGAUGUCUGACAUAACCAUAGUUGCAAUUGGCGACAUUACAAAGGACGAGACGGACAUUUUGAACGGAAUGGCACUGGCAAUAAGAUCUGGCAAGUGUAUCAAAGAGGAGGAAGAUGCUGAGUUGCUGAGGCCGAAUGUGUGUACAUCUCCUUAUGGAAUCUAUGACAAUGAAUUGAAGUCAGAUGUGCCGUUUAUCCAUCUUAACAAUGGUUUCUAUUCAGAUCAGCAUUAUGUUAUGCACAAAGGGUCUGGAGAAGGGAAAGUGGAGAGAGUUUUGCCCGUCGUGCUUGGAUUUUUUGAAUCGUUUGUGAAAUCCAAUGAAUUUUUUAAUUCUAAUCUUGGGGAAAUCGGGAAAUUGAAUCUUCAUGUGUUCCCUGUCAAUCCGAAUGAUCCUGAGAAUGCAAAGAUAUUUGUGUCCUAUCAUGAAACCCAUUUUUGGAGAGAUGACAACGAGAUUGAUUGGGGAUUUGCAAGAGCCCAAUACAAGGAAAUAUUUGAAAAAGUAGCGGAGCACAUUGAUUACAUAUGUGCGAUGGAACCAGCUGAUCGCAAGAAGUACUUUGUGGAGUGGUGCAGUUCAAGAUUGUUGCGGUCGGAUAAUCCAAACUACGAUCAAGCUUUGUACCUAAUGAGAGAACUGGUCUUUGGAUCAUUCAAUUAUCCAUCGAAGGAUUACCUAAGGCACGGGAUUGAUGAUAUAACUGAUGAGGAGAUCAUGGAUGUCCUGAGAAAAUUGAGGAAUCCUGAUUCAUGGUCGAUCAAGGGGGAAAUAUUCAUAUGA